AUGGAGGACUUUGCAAAAAAAAAAAAAAAAAAAUUAUGCGAGCUUCCCUGCUAUUCUAGAGUCGUACAAGUUAACAUCACUUCGGCAUUCUUGUCACGAGAGAUUCGAUAUAUCUCGGUAUUGUUCGGUAGACGGAAGUAUGAGAGUAGACGGAAGUAUGAGAGUAAACGGAAGUAUGAGAGUAGACGGAAGUAUGAGAAUAGACGGAAGUAUGAGAGUAGACGGAAGUAUGAGAGUAAACGGAAGUAUGAGAGUAGACGGAAGUAUGAGAAUAGACGGAAGUAUGAGAAUAGACGGAAGUAUGAGAAUAGACGGAAGUAUGAGAGUAGACGGAAGUAUGAGAGUAGACGGAAGUAUGAGAAUAGACGGAAGUAUGAGAGUAGACGGAAGUAUGAGAGUAGACGGAAGUAUGAGAGUAGACGGAAGUAUGAGAGUAGACGGAAGUAUGAGAGUAGACGGAAGUAUGAGAAUAGACGGAAGUAUGAGAAUAGACGGAAGUAUGAGAAUAGACGGAAGUAUGAGAGUAGACGGAAGUAUGAGAGUAGACGGAAGUAUGAGAGUAGACGGAAGUAUGAGAGUAGACAGUCUCAUACACAAAAAGGAGCCCAAAUGUGCUGCAUAUACGUACAAUGA